AUGGCUCACCAUCAUGAUACAAGCAAUCCGCCCCAAUCGGUUAUAGAUAUUCGAGAUUACGACACAGAGGAAUAUUCGUCUGACUCGCAACCAUCACAAAGUUCAAGCUCCCGUGGUACACCGAACCCGAGACCUAACGUCGAUCUGCGAAUUGUGCCACCGGGAUCACGUGUGCAAGACAACUCUCCACUCUCGCAAGAACGCUCGGAUGUACUUACCUCCUCUAGUUCACGUGUACUGAAACCAAGUCAAAAAUUACGACCAAGAAUUCCUUCUAUAGUUAUGCCUAACAUACCACCGGCUUCUCAUAGUCGUAACCGUUAUGACUAUUAUGGUGAUUCGAUUAUAUCACAUAUAGGUAAUCCACGCCUGUCAAUUAGGCGUGAUUCACUCGAUGAACAGGACUAUUAUCAUAUAAACAGUUUGAUAGGGUAUUACGAGGACAGUGAAACGGAAGAGGAAGACACAGACAAAUCGUCAGCGUACCAUGAUCCUCGUCAACCACCACCACGUCCGCCUUCUUUCUAUCCCAAUAAUAAUCACAGAAAAGGAAAGGGUCGUAACGGUUCGGAAACAGAUCCAGAUUCUUUUAUUUACAGCAUGAACCUGGAUUAUGAAAGCCGUUAUCGUGUGCCUUCACUCGACUCUUUUCCAAAUUCUCCGGGUAAAAAGAAUCCAUAUGACUCUUCGACAUACACUUCCUCGGUGUUCAGCCAAGAUGGCGAUAAUAUCAAUCUGGCAUAUCCACACGAACCUAAAGAUGACAGCGUUUACGCCUCGUGGGGUUUAGGUGAUCGUCAAGCUCCAGUGUCAAAGGAAGAGAUCGAGGUCAUUUUCAAUGAGCUCGUUGACAAGUUUGGAUUUCAGAAACAGAGUAUGCGCAACAUCUUCGACCUUCUCAUGUGCAUGCUAGAUUCUCGGGCCUCUCGAAUGUCUCCUUCUCAGGCCCUGCUGACCAUUCAUGCUGAUUAUAUCGGUGGAGAGCAGGCGAACUAUUACAAGUGGUAUUUUGCCACUCGCAUGGACCUGGAUGAUGAUGAAAGCAACGACAGCGUAAGCGAUUUACCAAGUCAAGACAAUGGUGAUCUAAAAGAGCAAUGGAUUCGUCGCAUGAAUGCCAUGUCCCAUCAAGAUCGCGUGCGUCAACUCGCCUUAUGGCUUUUGUUGUGGGGAGAGGCCGCGCAAGUUCGUUUCACCUCCGAAUGCUUGUGUUUCAUCUUUAAGCUUGCUGAUGACUACACGAGAAGCCCAGAAUACAUGGAAAUGGACCAACCGGUUCCCGAAGGUGAAUACCUACGGGAGGUCGUCACCCCGCUCUACCGGUACAUUCGCGAUCAAGGGUAUAAAUCGUUCGACGGGGGUUUGAUAAAAAGGGAAAAGGAUCACGCUGAAACGAUAGGUUAUGACGAUAUCAACGAACUGUUUUGGUAUCCCGAGAGGAUAGAACGUAUUGCCUUAAAGGACAAGACAAGUCUUAUGACCCUGAACAAAGGUCAGCGUUAUCAAAAGCUUGGUCAAGUAGAUUGGAAUCAUGCUUUUGAAAAGACCUACAAAGAGAAGCGCACGUGGCUUCAUCUUGCCGUUAAUUUCAAUCGCGUAUGGAUCCUCCACGUUGCGAUCUUUUGGUAUUAUACCGCGUUCAAUGCCACUUUCCUAUACACGAAAAAGGGUGACACCGAACCUGCUGUUCAAUUGUCGGUGGUUGCUCUCGGUGGAACAGUGGCGACUUUGUUCAUGAUAAUUGGGUGCAUUUGCGAAUUCUUCUUCGUUCCUCUGAAGAGGGACAAUGUGUCGAUGUUGGUAAAACGGCUUAUGCUUUUGAUCCUGAUCUUGAUUUUCAACACUGCUCCCACUUAUUAUAUCUAUAUGAAAGCACGUACUGGUCAAAUAUCCUUGAUUAUCGGAAUCGUUCAAUUCAUCAUCUCCUUGUUGACCACCCUCACAUUUUCCAUCACACCAAGUUCAAGGUUGUUCGGUGGGCUACCAAAAAAUUCCCAAAAAUAUCGUGCUUUCAAAACAUUUACCGCAAAUUAUCCCGAGCUUAAUAACAGAGACCGAGCUACCUCAAUUGGUCUCUGGCUUUGUGUCUUUGGAUGCAAGUUUGUCGAAUCUUACUUCUUCUUGUCGCUCUCAUUCAAAGAUCCUUUGAAGGCAAUGGCCGACAGUAGGUCAAUAGAAUGUGGAAACAAGCUCGUCAGCAAAAUAAUUUGUUCCUACUUGCCCGUGAUAACUAUGGUGUUCAUGAUUAUCGUGGACCUUAUUCUUUUCUUCUUGGACACCUACCUGUGGUACGUCAUUUGGUACACCAUUUUUUCGGUGAUUCGUUCAUUCUACCUUGGCAUUUCCAUCUGGACUCCUUGGAAAAAUAUCUAUACCAUGUUGCCCAAGAGAAUUUACGCAAAGAUUCUGGAUGCCACAAAUAUCGAAGUUCGACCAAAGAUCCUCGUGUCGCAAAUUUGGAAUGCGAUCGUUAUUUCCAUGUAUCGUGAACAUUUCUUGUCCAUCGAAAAUGUGCAAAAGUUACUGUAUCGUAAGCAUUUUUUACCUAUCGAAAACGUGCAAAAGCUAUUAUACCAACAGAGUCCACCCGAGUAUGGAAAGUUCACGCUGAAACCACCCACGUUCUUUGUGGCUCAUAACUCUGAUCAUUUCUUCCCGUCGAUGGGUGAAGCGGAACGUCGCAUAUCAUUCUUCUCACAAAGUCUGUCAACUCCAAUACCGGAUCCAUUACCAAUUCAAAACAUGCCAACUUUUACGGUCUUGACUCCUCACUAUUCGGAGAAGGUCCUCCUGUCCCUCCGAGAGAUCAUUCGCGAAAAGGAUAAGAGCACCAGGGUUACCCUGCUAGAAUACCUGAAGCAGUUGCACCCAGAGGAAUGGGAUAAUUUUGUCAAGGAUACCAAAAUCCUGAUCGAGAGGAAUAAUGCGCCGGUCGAAAAUCAGUUUGAGGAGAACCCGUUGAAAGAAGCGAAAGAGAAAAAAAUGAGUGAUCUCGCUUUCUAUUCUGUGGGUUUCAAAUCUUCGGCACCGGAAUAUACCACGCGUACGCGCAUAUGGGCGUCGCUUCGAUCUCAGACGUUGUAUCGCACGGUUUCCGGUUUCAUGAAUUAUUCGAAGGCAAUCAAACUUUUGUAUCACGUGGAGAAUCCAGAGAUUGCAUCCGUUUGUGCAAACGAUCAAGAAAAGUUUAAGGAAAAGAUCUCUUCGAUGGCCCGCAGUAAAUUUAAGUUUGUGGUAUCCAUGCAACGAUUCAACGAUUUCAACGACGAAGAGCGGGAAAAUGUGGAGUUCCUGUUGCAAACCUACCCGGAUCUUCUGAUCGCUUAUAUUGAUGAACUUCCGGCUGAGAACGAGGGGGAAGAACCGAAGGUCUUCUCGGUGUUGAUCGACGGUCAUUGUGAACUCACGGCUGAAGGAAAGAGGAAACCAAAGUACCGUAUCCAGCUUCCCGGCAACCCGAUCCUCGGGGACGGCAAGUCCGACAAUCAAAAUCACGCCAUCAUCUUUUGUCGUGGUGAAUACCUGCAGUUGGUGGACGCCAACCAAGACAACUACCUCGAAGAGUGUUUGAAGAUUCGCAGUAUUCUCAGAGAAUUUGAGCAAUAUGAUAUGCCGACAACCUCACCGUACUCGCCGGACGCCGAGCGAUCACAAAAAGAACCUGUUGCAAUUGUGGGGGCUCGAGAGUAUAUUUUUUCAGAGAACUAUGGUGUUCUCGGUGAUGUGGCUGCCGCCAAAGAGCAAACUUUCGGCACAUUGACUCAAAGGAUCAUGGCCCAAAUAGGUGGAAGGUUGCAUUAUGGGCAUCCCGAUUUCUUGAAUGCCAUAUUUAUGACGACCCGUGGUGGUAUAUCAAAAGCACAAAAAGGCUUGCACCUUAACGAAGAUAUUUACGCCGGCAUUAACGCAUUCAAUCGUGGCGGUCGCAUCAAGCACGCGGAAUACUAUCAAUGUGGUAAAGGUCGUGACCUCGGGUUCGGAUCCAUCCUUCACUUCAUCACUAAGAUUGGAACCGGUAUGGGCGAACAGAUGCUUUCCCGUGAAUAUUAUUACCUCGGAACGCAGCUUCCCUUGGAUCGCUUCUUAACCUUCUAUUAUGCACAUCCCGGAUUUCACGUGAACAAUAUUUUUAUCAUGUUGUCGGUACAAUUGUUUGUGCUCGGCAUGAUGUUUAUUGGCGUGAUGGCAUCCACCUUGACGUUGUGCAUUUACAAUCCCGAUCCGAAUGCUGAGCUCAGUCCUCCGGGAUGUACUGACCUUAACCCCGUGUUUGAUUGGAUCAAGCGUUCCAUCGUCUCCAUCGUCGUCGUGUUCAUGAUAGCAUUCUUGCCGUUGUUCCUUCAGGAGUUUGCAGAGAGAGGAUUGUUGCGUAGCACCAUCCGUCUUGGGAAGCACAUGAUAUCAUUGUCGCCCUUCUUUGAGGUCUUUAUAACACAGAUUUAUUCUCACAGCAUCACCACGAAUCUUAGUUUUGGUGGUGCUCGUUACAUUGGCAGUGGUCGUGGGGUUGCCACCGCUCGUAUCCCAUUUUCAACAUUGUAUGCACGUUUCACCUGUCCGAGUAUCUAUUUUGGCGUGAGGAUCGUUUUGAUAUUGCUCUUUGUAACCAUGACCAUACAACUACCACAUCUGGGCUACUUUUGGUUGUCAGUUGUUGCCCUGUCAAUGUCUCCGUUCUUGUUCAACCCACACCAGUUUUCUUUCAAGGACUUCAUCAUUGACUAUCGGGAAUUUUUGAGGUGGAUGUCACGAGGGAAUUCAAAGACUCACGCAAGCUCUUGGAUUUCGUUUUGCCGUAUGUCCAGGACGAUGAUCACCGGUUAUAAACGUAGACGGUCGGGCCAUCCAUCGGAGAAAUCGAUUAAUGACAUUUCUCGUCCAAGUUUCGUUGUGAUAUUCACAUCAGAGAUUCUCUUUCCUUUCAUAUCGGCAGCACUCUGCGUCCUGGCGUUUGCCUUUGUCAAAACUUAUCCGUCAACGAAUGCGGACAAAUCUAAAGAUGGGAUCAGUGCAAUCCUCCGUGUUUGUGGUAUAUCGUUCAUGCCAGUUUUGUUAAACGCGGUCAUGUUGGCGGCUCUUUUCUUCAUCUCCUUCUUCAUCGGUCCAAUAAUAAAUCAAUGUUUCACCAAGUUCGGAUCUAUGAUUGCCGCGAUCGCACACGCCUGGUCAGUUCUCAACUUGAUUGUAGUUUUCGAGCUCCUAUGGUUCAUCAAUGCAUGGAACUUUUCCGACGCUGUUCUCGGUGUGAUUGCGUUGGUCGCAAUACAACGAUUCAUUUUCAAACUUUUGAUCGUAUUGUUCUUGACACGCGAAUUUAAGCAUGACGAGACGAAUCGAGCAUGGUGGACAGGAAAAUGGUACGGUCGCGGGCUGGGUUGUUCAUCAUUUACACAACCUUUCCGAGAAUACAUCUGUAAAAUAGUUGAAAUGUCGCUUUUCGCGACCGACUUUAUACUGGGUCACAUCAUCCUAUUCAUACUGGCACCUAUAUGUUUGAUACCUUGGAUCGAUAGAUGUCAUUCCACCAUGUUGUUUUGGCUGAAAACGAGCAAUCGAAUUAGGGAUCCAAUAUUCUCACAAAAACAGAAGCGACGAAGAAAACGCAUGAUUUGGACUUAUGGAAUUUUGUUUCUAAUCAUGUAUCUUAUGUUUAUUGGGUUGAUUGCUGGUCCUAUAGUAGUUGGGUCCAAGUUGAAAUUUCAAUUGAAGUUACCAAUAUAA